AUGUUUUAUUCAGAGACUUUGUUAAGCAAGACAGGGCCUUUGGCUCGUGUCUGGCUUUCGGCGAAUUUAGAGCGCAAGUUGUCGAAAAAUCACAUUUUGCAAGCCAGUGUCAAGGAUAGUGUUGAAGCUAUCGUCACACCUAAUCAAGCACCAAUGGCUUUACGUCUGAGUGGUCAACUAUUGCUAGGAGUUGUGAGGAUUUACAGUCGAAAAGCGCGUUAUUUACUUGAUGAUUGUAAUGAAGCUCUUAUUAAAAUAAAAAUGGCCUUUCGUCUUUCCGGUAACAAUGAUAUUCCUGCCGGACUCCAUAUGCCUUCUCGAGAUGCUCUUAUGCUUCCUGAUAUGCUCACUGAAGGAGAUAACCUUGAAAUGCCACCAAUGCCUGAUGCUUCAUUCCUUUUCUCCCAGUUAGACGAAGACUCGGCAUUGGGCCGCAAGCGAAGAGGUGCUAGCCGUGAUAUCAACUUGCAGGACGAGUUUAAUAACAGCCAAUUCUUACAAAAUAGUGUCGAAGAUAAUAGCAGGGACGAAGAUGAACUUGCUUUGGAGCCUUUGGAUGAUGAUCUUGAUUUGGGCCUUGAUUUUGGACUGGACGAUAUAAAUCCCAAGACGGUUCGAGCGGAUAGAUCCGGAGCUGAUAUCAGUCUUGAAUUUGGACGAGAUGCACCAGCUGCCCGAGCAGUUGAAGACGAUUUACUCAGCGAGUUGGACAUUCAACCACGAGCAAAGGAUGUUUUCGAUGAUGGAGAUCGUGAGACUUCAAUCAAUCUCGGAUUUGGUAAUGAAGAUGAUGGUUUUCAGAUUGGCGAUGAUGAUGGAGAUAUUGACAUGCUCAACAUUGGUGGGGAGCCAGAUAUUUCUGUCAUUCCACGUGCUCCUGAACUUGAGCGCGCUCGAAUCUCUGAGUCACCACUUUCCGAUAUUGAUGAGACCAUUGUUGCCGAAGUCGAGGCAGACCAACAACGCCGAGAAGAAUCAGGAAUGUUUGCACCCGAAGAUGAGACGGAACAAUCAAUCUUCCGUCAACCAGCUCAACGUGCUAGGAAAUUCAAACCUUUGAUGCCUGAUGAUGACACUACCAUUUCUAAGCACGCUAUUCAGGAGUUGCAGAAAAAUCACGAUGCCAUCUUACGCCCUCAAUCAUUCCUUCCCCGAGAUCCUCAACUUUUGGCAUUAAUGGAAAUGCAAAAGAAUGGUGGUUUUGUUUCCAAUAUCAUGGGUGAAGGACGAAGUAUAGGUUGGGCACCCGAACUUCGUGGAAUGCUUUCCCUCGAUGCGGUUCGUAGGACAGGGGAGAAGCGUAAGCGUGAUAGUGGUAUUACGGAUAUGGAUGAACAAGAACAAGGUGCUAAUAAAUCACCUCGCUUGGAUUUAGGUGAGGAAGAGGACCUCGGUGCCAAUCUUGCUGGUGAUGCUGCGUUGGGUCAUGAUGAGACAAUGAUUGCUGCUGAUGGUACAAUCAUUGAAAUGGGACGUGAUGACGAAUUAAAUAUCAACAUUGAUGAUGAUGAGCAUAACGCCACAACUGGUUUACGAGAUGAUCGUAGUGCAAGUCCAGGCAACCAAUUUGAUGAAACGACUGCACCUCUCGUACACCCUGCAGAUAGUGGACCUGUAUCACUUGGUACGACUCACGCUGUUCAUCUUCUUCGUGAACGAUUCGGUGACGAGGCAGCCAACAGUCCAGACAAGCGCAAGAAAGCCAGUGUUCUUUUCCAGGAUUUAUUACCGGAAGGUACAACAAGCAAGGCUGAUGCCACUAAAAUGUUCUUUGAGGUUUUAGUUCUUGCAACCAAAGAUGCUGUCAAGGUUGAGCAACAAGAGCAUACACUAGGAGGACCAAUUCGUGUUAGAGGCAAGAGAGGUCUUUGGGGUGCUUGGGCUGAAAGAGAAGCUGGUGGUGAGAUCGCCGAAGAGAAUAUCGCUGGACCAUCAAAUACCGUACCUUUAUUAGAAGCAUCGAGAAUGAUCUCAGUUUCUGCUUAA